AUGAAGUUCACUUUACUAUCUAUGCACCUAUCUACUACAAUCUUGGUCGGGUUGUUAGGCUCGGCCUCUGCAGCGGUUCUCCCUCGCUCAGAUGCCGAUACCAUUGCCAACUUUGGCAGGAUAGGCAUUUGCCUCUCAUACCUCGGAGCUGGGAACACGGAAAAAGAGCUCGCCCCGUGUAAAAUCUUUUGCCCGGCGCAAAAUCCAGGGUCGGACCCAAACGCCGUUGGUUGCAAAGGUCCAGAUGUACCCAUAGAAAAACUAGACCCCAGCACGAUAGACAAAGACGACGACGGGAACCAAUUUACGCCGGGCGAGUGUAUUUGCGACCUCUCGGGAGCCGUUGCAAUCCUUGACGUGGUUAUUCAGGGACUUUCGAAGCUAGACAACGUGAUAUGCGCCGUGGUGCUAUCGGCCGUGACGACUCUCGUCGAGGAAGGCCUUGACGCUGUGCCUGGAGGCGCAUCUGUGACUGCGGUCCACAAAGCCGUCGAAGGUGCUAAGACGUUUGUGGAGAACGGGCUUGACGCUAUUUCAUUCUUCAGCGAUUAUAUUGGGAAGUCGUGCGGUGUCUCUGACUUCAGCUUCAACUUGGAUGACGUAUUCCAGGGCUUGAGCGAUGCUCCGGAUUCGCUUGGUAUGAGCAAGGGCUGCUUUAGACAGAACAAGAGCUGUCAAAAGCCUUGAGGCAUACUGAAUGAAUAUUCAUGUCGAAACAUUGGACAACAGUGGUUAGGGUGGUAUUGGUAUUGGUACGGGGGCAUGGAUAGGAAAUUGAUUUGACGCAUAAUUUCUAUGGAGUGGUGGAUAGGGGUUAGGCGUAUGGUAUGGU